AUGCAAUAUUUGUCCGUCGCCCUGCCGCUGGCUGCCUUGGCCAGCGGCGUCCUCGCCAAUCCUGUGCAUGGACCUGCUUGCGUUAACGACGCUUGCUUGGCUGCUGUGACCGGCAGGGGUGCCUUGGGAGAUGCUGCGCUCAGAGCUUCUCACUGCUCCAGCUUUCUGGCAACGACUGUCACUCCGAUCGUCACCGCCACCGUGACCGUUACUGGCGACGCCCACGACAACUGGAAGCGCGCGACCGUUGCGCUUUGCCCCAAUGAGGUUCCCAACUAUGCCAGCGCUUGCAACGAAGCGGCCUAUACCAGCGCAUGCUCGUGCUUUGGCUACACUGACGUGAAGACCACCACAGUGGCACCAACCACGACCACCAAGACUAUCUGGGUCAAGCCCACCGGCGGUUCUGGCUCCAGCUGCACCGUCGCCACCUCGACCUUGACCAGCACUGUUACCGGCACAACCACCGUUGUGAGCGGCAGCACUUGCCCGGCGGCCACUGCUACGACCGUCACCUCCACCAAGGUUGUCCCAACUUAUAGCUCAUGCCCUGCUGCCGCCACUGCCACCACCGUCACAGUUGUUGGAGGAAGCACUUGCCCUGCAGGAACUACCACCACCGUGACCACAGCUGGUCCCGCUACGGCCACGACCGUCACUGUCGCUGGCCCUGCCACGGCUACCACCGUUACCGUUACCACCGGUGGACCGGCCACAGCCACGACUGUCACUGUCACGGCAUCUGGUCCUUCCGACACUCCUUCGUCUUGCGUUGUCACUGAUGCUUUGGCCACCACCCUGGUCAACAACUUCAUGAUCUUGCUCGAGUACACCUCGUACAACGGUACCCAGGGACCCCCUGGCCGUGGCUACCAGCAGAACGUUUCCGACGCCACUUUGGCAUCCGACUUCAGCGACGUCUCGGACUCGAUCAACUUCAUGGCCGGCUUCCCUCUUGGCUCCGUCACUUUCCCCACCAAGGAAGCUUUCGAUAUCGGCCAGGGGACUCAACAACCUGAGGUCGCUGUCACUGCUCUUAACAUCUGGCACGACUGCAACUCCAUUACCUGGAGAUGGAGAAUCACUUCGACCGCAUACCCCGUCAACGGUAUGAACUACAUGAUCAUUGACAGCGACGGCAAGAUCCAGAAGAACUACGCCGAGUUUGACAACGGUGCUUGGCUCCAGUCUUUCGGCCGGCAGUGCGCCAUCAACCCGGUCAGUGUGAACCCCACGGUUGCCCUCAGGGCCCGUGCGCUUGGCGUAGGCAUGUAA